AUGGCGAGCGGCCGCAUCAGUCCACCUCGCCGGCCGUUUCAGGCGCCCCCCACGUUGGCCCCCAAAACAUCAGAUCGCCUGACUGUACCCAAGUAUCACGUUGUGGACCCUCUCCUCGGAAACCUGUCGCCAGAAUCGACUCUGCUGGCCCUCUCGUCGACCGAUGCUGUGCCUAGUCACGAACAGGCCGCGCACGAUAUCCUAUCCACGAGCAUCGCCCAGGCCUCGUCAACAGAACGAGCUCUCGGAAUACGCGCUGCACUAGCAGCUCAAAACCUUGGACAAUGGUAUAGAGAGGUACGCGCGUGGGAGUGGCCAAAACGACCGGAUGCCCAGGUUGGAAAGGGGUUUAUCCCCCCGCCCGACGCAGAGGAGUCAGGGUACUGCGGAAGCCUCCCGGCGGCUGUUGUUCAGCAACAUGAGGGACGUAUCGAAGAGAUUCGUGAUGGGAUGGAUAGCUUGGACGUCGAAGAAUUGAAGGAGCACGUCCUCAAUGCCCACAUUCCAGGCCGCUCUCGGCCUUCGUCAGCGAACAGCACCAUGUCCGUGCCUCCCCCACUCAACUAUGUUCAAUUGAGUGACUUCACCGCUGUCAUUACUGCUACUAUAUUGCGAGCCCUGCCGCUGCUAUCGCGUUUGAACGCGUUGUUGUCUACCUGGGAUGUACGACUGCUGGUUAUUAAACAAAUACCCGGGUUACUACUGAGCUUGAAAUUUGCUAGAUCGGAGCUUAAUUCCGCCCUCGAUUUGUUGAAGUCUUCGGUUCCCCCGACUGAGAGCGAUUUUUUGUAUUCAUCUUCCAACUACCAUGCAAAACGGGCUACCUUGGAGUCAACAGUGUUAUCAGCGGGUCGGAGGAUGGACCGGAUACUGGAUUCCCUGGACGGACGAGAGGAUUCUCUUCCUGAGAACUGGAUUGACGACCUGGAAACUAUUGAGGCGGACUUUGCAUCUUGGGUUAUGCAGGCUGAAAAGCAGACCCUUGAAAACGAAUGGCGCCGACUAUCAGCUCGUUUAAGAGAGAACGACAAGCUCCAACCGGAUAUUACCGAACAGGAUAUGCCCGAGAAUAAAUUUCUUGCGGAAAAUUCCGCCGAGGCCGCCAAAGUUUCGCCCGUCGGGUCCCCGUCAGGAGAGCCUCCUAGCCAACUAAAUGCUGUUAUUGCGCCUGAACCUGAGCUUGAGUCGGAGCCUGAGUCGGAGCUUGAACCUGAGCUCCAGACUAGACCGGCUGUAUUGCAAAUUGGACGCACUCUCCCAAUGGAAACUAUCGCCGAAGAAAUUGGCAGUCCCUUUGAUCAAUCUCCUUCCCGAAAUGCGCGUGGUAUCGAUGAUGCUUCCGUGAUAGAAGCAAGAAGCGUUCCGGAAUCUCCUUCGCCAUUACCUUCUGAUCCAGUUACAAAGGGGGAGAGUCUAGAAUCAGUCCAGGCUAUACAGUUAGAUGCAGGUACCGACGUGCCUGGCUCUGCAGAUAUAACAACAGCUGGUAUACCGCAAGAUAUUGUUGAUCAUGACGCGGACAUCCUGCCCUAUUCGGUUGAUGGUUCGCCUGCUGAACAGCUAGUGCAUGUGCCAGAGUUAAACCGUUCGUUAUCCCUGCGCUCUAACGAACAGCAGAGUGUCCUGGAGCGUGACGAGAAGCAAUCGCCAUCCCCUGUUGACGUAACGGCCACAGAGGAGACUGUAUCGCUUCCCAAAGAGUCCAACGACAGUUUCGAACAUAUGAACAUGGAGCCACCGGUGAGAUCAGACGCACCCGAGAAUGAGACGAUCCAGUCUUUUAAUGUGGUAUCCACCGAUGAGUCUCGACCUCAGUCUACAAAUCCAGACAAUAAUCGCCUCACUGACUCAAGUCCCGAGGAACUUGUGGGCUCCCUCGCUGAUAGCAAUUUACUCUCCACAACAACCCGGUCCGAAGACAGCGCUCAAAUAGAAGCGAAAUCCUUGGCGAGUCCCGAUAUUACUUCGACAGGUAUUCCAGGAACCGACCUGGCGCGAGUGGACCCUGAAGCCCAAGAGACCCAAUCCUCAGCACAAUUAUCUCCCGCAGAGCAAUCUCCUCCAGCUGAAAAUUCUCCAUCAAAAACAGACGCCGGGGUUAACUCACCACCUUCCCAGGCCUCUACCGCAUCUGAGCCUAUAUCCGAAAAUGCUCCUGUUGCUGAGCCUGUUGCUGAGCCUGUUGCUGAGCCUGUUGCUGAGCCUGUUGCUGAGCCUGUUGCUGAGCCUGUUGCUGAGCCUGUUUCUGAGCCUGUUGUGACCGAAUACUCUCCUCACCCUGAGCACUAUGGCGCCUUCUCGGAUUCCAAAGAGCUCCAGCCAAUUAUUGAGAACGACCACCCUAAACCUUCGCCUGCAGACAACGAAAUUGUUGCCACGGAUAAUGUUGCAACUAAAACCUCACCUGGGCCUGAUACUCCAAGGUCUACUGAGCGUUGCGUCACCCCUUCGAACGAUAAUGUGGCAGCACUUCCGAACCUUUUUGUACCCAAUGAUAACAGCAAGAUUCCCACGGAGCAACAUGAUCCUGAAGAGUCUGACAGAGACGAGAAUAACACGCCGAAGAAGCCCUUGGAAAGUCCUAUCAAGCUGUCCAAGACUCGCCCUGGUCGGCUGGAUCUGGACAAACAGAAACAGAAAUCUCGCGUUCGAAGGACAUCCAACGCGUCUGACGGUUCAGUGUCGGAUUAUCCUUCCCUUGUGUCGAGCCCAGAAAUUCCUGAGCCACGAACUUCUUCAUCAAAUGCGACACCGUUGCUCCUUGAGACUCCACCACAUUUCCCAGCGGACUACAGACCGUCCAAACCUGCGCGCCAGAGCAAUGGCCAUUCCCUACGCGAAGACCGCCUGUUCCAUCUAGACGCCCAAAAGCCCUCCCCGCGGGACGCCUUCGCGCACAACAGGACACUCAGCUUACCGCUGCAACGUUUCAUAAACGAAAGUCUCGAUGUCAACUACGACACAGGAUCUGGCAAUGAGGAGGAUCCUUCAGCCGCUAGAGUUGCAGGGCAUCAGAAGAACACGCCCACAGAAAGACGCCGAAAGUCUAAAUCUGCGUCCUCAACCAGCGAUAUGGAACGAUCGCAAGGGCAGGAACGUGUUACUACGCGUAGAGACAGUUCUGGACCCGAUUCUGACGCCUCUGUUGAGGCGCAACCCAAGUCCCAGAAGUAUAAGGAAAUUUCCCCCAAAACGCGCGUUGAGCCAUUAAGUAACACAACCACGGCCCGCCUGAAGAAACGGUUGACUGCUCAUCCUAGCCUCGAAAGCAUUGGACCUUACAAGUCGAAUACCCAAACCGGCCACUCAAGACCUGCCCUGGGCAAAGCCAAGUCUCGAUCAUCAUCUAUAAACAAAGGACUGAUUCGACCCAAGGAUCAAAUGGAUGUGAAAAUCAACUCCAUCCUGACUUCCCUUCCCGGUCACAUUCAUCUGGUUCCAGCCGACCAAGACGACGAUGCUAUUUCUGUGGCGUCCUCCGUGCCAUUCAGACGGGAGAGAUUUCGCUCAGACUCGCCUCAGGGCACUCCUUCGCGCAGCUUCACCCCCACCCCUUCGCUUAGCCUGCGACCCACCGCUGGUCGCAGGAGACACUCCCAUGCCCCCGAAGAGAGUUCGGUGAAGCUUUACCACCUUCACCGUGGCGGGAAGUCCGCCCCUACCAAGCUCUUCGUACGGACUGUUGGUGAAAACGGAGAACGUGUGAUGGUUAGAGUUGGUGGCGGAUGGGCGGAUUUGGCCGAAUAUCUACGAGAGUAUGCGAUCCAUCACGGACGUCGCCAUGUAUCUGAGACGCCUCGCGUUGAAGUUGAGGGUCUCUCAUCCCGCGACUCCCCAUCAUACUCGCCACCUGCUAGCCGAGUUCCAUCGGGUAAUGCACGGAAUAUGCCGGCUCGACCUGGCUCAGUCAUAAGUAACCGCCCGUCUUCCUCUCUCGCAGUCCGCAAAACCAGACGUUCGUCCAAUGUCUCCGACAUUGCCGAUAUCAGAACAGCCAGUGCCGGUGAUGCUCUCAACGUUUCCUUUUCUCCUGGGUCCAACGCCUUCGGCAGCAGACGACUAUCCGUAUCGUCAAAUGUCUCCGCAGGUGCUAUGUCGUCUGUCAGUGAAGCCCGUCAUGGGUCCCCGGGAGCUCCUGCUAUGCCUCUUGGUCUUGCAGGACCAAAGCCCCGAGCUAAACGCGCUGCAAUUACCCCAGAGGGUGAGGCUUGGGUAGAAGACGUUCUUGGCCAAGCGCGACGGAGCACCUCUCUCAGACCAUUCAAAUACACUCUACCAGCCGUGGAUAAUGAAGGGGACGAAAACACACCCACGUUACCCAAAUCUCGGAGCAUCAGCGACAUUAGCAAAGCGGGCUCAAGCAAGCGUGUCAUACUCCGUGGCUUACGGUAG